AUGAAUAAUUGUCCAGCAGGGGGCUCCACUGACUACACUGAAGUUCCUCUGGGGUCUCUGGACAUCUCUGCUGCAGACAGCCUCACUCUGUCCCCUCAGGCAGACGGCAGUGAUAGAGAGAUGGAGCGGAUGGAGGAGUUGCCGCUGUGUAGCUGUAGGAUGGAGGCUCCACGUGUGGAGCGACUCACCGCGCACACGCAGCGCACCUGCAUGGCCAUCGAGAGCAUCAAUGGACAGCUGGUGGGCUGUACCAAUAAGAUCAUGAAGGGGGAGACGAUGCGUCCGUCCAGCCGUGUGUCUCUGAUGGUUCUGUGUGAAACUCAUCGCUCACACAUGGUCAAACACCACUGCUGCCCGGGCUGCGGAUACUUCUGCCUGUCUGGGACGUUUUUGGAGUGCUGUCCGGACAUUCGUAUUGCUCACCGGUUCCACCGCGGCUGUGUGUCGGUGUUGGGCAGUGGGCGGAGCCGUUGUGGAGCAGGCGGCGGCCUGCUCUUCUGCCCGCACUGCGGAGAGGACGCCUCUGAGGCCCAGGAGGUCACCAUCCCGCCGGCAACACCGUCACCAGGGACAACUGUAGUCACAGCAACCGCCUCCUCAACAACAACCACACCCUCGCUCCUCCCAUCCACGCUCACCGUGGCAACCACAGCGCUUAGCAAUGAGAAGAGGACUGGCGAGCCAAUCAGUGCGAGGAUGCAUUGGCGUGGUGAGGCAAGAAAGGGGGCGGAGCCUCAGUUACAGACUCCCAGUGCUGCGACUGGAGGAGGCGUGGUAGAGGAUGUGGUUGCCCAGGGUGAUGGGGGCGUGGACAGUGUUGGCCCCUCCCUCGUACUGCCCAAUGGGAAGCCGGUCUGCCCCAGUGCACUUCCUCCGGGAGACAGGAGGGCGGCGCUACAGAGAGCGAUUCUUACCCAGGAUACUGAGAGGAAGAAGAAGCUGAGGUUCCACCCGCGCCAGCUUUACCCAGCAGCCAAGCAGGGGGAGGUCCAGAAAGUUCUGCUUAUGCUCAUGGAAGGUAUAGAUCCAGCAUAUCAGCCUGAUUCUCAGAAUCGUCGUUCUGCUCUUCACGCUGCAGCUCAGCGUGGCCUGCUGGACGUCUGCUACCUGCUCAUACAGGCGGGCGCUAAGGUGGACGCUCAGGAUAAAAGUCUGAGGACUCCUCUGCUGGAGGCGAUCAUGAACAACCAGGUGGAGGUGGCCCGAUUCCUCAUGCAGAGCGGAGCGUGUGUUUACCACGUAGAGGAAGAUGGCUCCACUGGUCUUCAUCACGCUGCUAAACUGGGGAAUCUGGAGAUCGUCACGCUUUUACUCAACACUGGUCAGGUGGACAUAAAUGCUCAGGACAGUGGUGGAUGGACUCCAAUAAUCUGGGCUGCUGAACACAGACACACUGACAUAAUCAGAGCUCUGCUGAAUCGGGGGGCCGACGUCACACUCAAAGACAAGGAGAUGAAUGUGUGUUUGCACUGGGCGUCGUUUGCGGGCAGUGCAGAGAUCGCCGAGCUGGUUCUGAAUGCGGGCUGUCCGCUCUCGAGCGUAAACCUGCACGGAGACACGCCGCUGCACAUCGCUGCCCGAGAAGGAUACAACGACUGCGUCACGUUGUUCUUGUCUCGCGGAGCAGACAUUGACGUGAUGAACAGGGAAGGAGACACGCCCCUUUCCUUGGCGCGCCCUGAUUCGCCAGUUUGGGUGGCGCUGCAGAUAAACCGAAAGCUGCGCAGAGGAAUAGCCAAUCGGAUCGUCCGAACAGAGAGGAUCAUCUGCAGUGAUAUAGCUCAGGGCUAUGAGAACAUUCCCAUCCCCUGUGUGAACGGAGUGGACGAUGAAGGCUGUCCGUCUGAUUAUAAAUACAUCGCCGAGAACUGCGAAACAUCUGCCAUGAACAUCGACCGCAACAUCACCCACCUACAGCACUGUAGCUGCACUGAUGACUGCUCCUCCAGUAACUGCCUUUGUGGACAGCUCAGCAUCCGCUGCUGGUACGACAAGGACCAGCGCCUCCUACAGGAGUUCAAUAAGAUCGAGCCUCCGCUGAUCUUUGAGUGUAACCUGGCGUGUUCCUGUUAUAAAUCCUGUAAGAACAGGGUGGUGCAGGCUGGAAUAAAGGUGCGUUUACAGCUCUAUCGUACUGAGAAGAUGGGCUGGGGGGUCAGAGCGCUACAGGACAUUCCACAGGGCAGCUUCAUCUGCGAGUAUGUUGGAGAGCUGAUCUCUGAUGCAGAAGCUGAUGUGAGAGAAGACGAUUCAUAUCUGUUCGAUCUGGACAACAAGGAUGGUGAGGUGUACUGCAUCGACGCCCGUUACUAUGGUAACAUAAGUCGUUUCAUUAAUCAUUUGUGUGACCCGAACAUCAUCCCUGUGCGAGUGUUCAUGCUGCAUCAGGACCUGCGCUUCCCCCGCAUCGCCUUCUUCAGCUCCAGAGACAUCCUAACAGGACAGGAGCUCGGGUUUGAUUAUGGAGAUCGAUUCUGGGACAUUAAGAGUAAAUACUUCACGUGUCAGUGCGGCUCGGAGAAAUGUAAACAUUCAGCUGAAGCCAUCGCGCUGGAGCAGAGCCGGCUGGCCCGCAUGGAGACGUGUCCAGAGUCGGGGAGUGAACCUGCGCUAAGCAUUGUGGGAAAUUCCUAAACCCUGAGCGAGUCUGGAACCUGCUGAACCCGACUGCAGACCUUCAGAGUCGACUCGACCUGAGCAGAGCCCUUCUACAGCUGAACAUGACCAGUUCAAACAGUUAAAGAGACAGUUUGGCCAGAAUUGAACUGACCCAGUUUUCCCAUUUAGUGUAGCUGAUCAGCCGAGUCGUAUUUGGUGUCGGAAGUUUACUUCUUUAGUUUUCGUCUUUAGGCUGAUGUAACCUUAGACACCACUAAUUAGCACAGUGCUAACUACAGGCCUAAAGCCUCAAACCAUGUGGAGUUGUUUAGUAAUCUCUGAAAAUGAAUCCUUUAUUUUUAUUUUAUUUUAUUUUAAGGUCCACAUUUGUGUGGCUUUAUGUACCAAAAACAGUCAGAAUUAGUUUUUACGGACCAUUUUCCAGCCUCUUUAUGUUUUGGAAUUAAACAGGCUGUUUUUGUUACUGUGCCUUUAAGACUGAUAUAUGUAAAUGGACUCCUUUCUGAUUGGCUGUGCCUCAUUCAAAAAAGCAGUCCAGGCUAAAACACUUAUAACUUCAAUGGCAGCAGGUGGAGCAAGUUUUGCAGGCUGAAUAGGAGGCUAUGUAAAUGAGUUGUGUUUUUUGUGACAUCACAAAAACAGUGAAUUGAAAAUAAGCUGUUACCGUGCCUUUAAGACUGAUAUAUGUAAAUGAGCUCUGAUCUGAUUGGCUGUGCCAUGUUUAAAAAGCAGUCUGAGCUGAAACACUCCUUGUAACCUCAGCGUGAGUGGGUGCAGCCAAACUGCGGUAGGCGGAAUGGGCAAAUAUAUGUAAAUGUUUUGGGGUUUUUGUGACGUCACAAAAGCAGUGAAACCCUUAACAAGCAUGCAGUUAGCUUCAUGCUAAUUGGUGGGGUAUAAGCUGGAAUACUUGUUAGCUACAUUAGCCUCUUAGCUCCAGCGUUAAACUACCGAAGAACUUUAGACACAAUACAGGACUCGGCUGAUCGACUACAUUUGCAGUGAGAGAGGGUAAAAUUGGGGGAGCCUGAUUUCUGACUGAACUAUCGCUUUAAUAGUGUUGGAUUGAACUGUAGAGGCUUUUAAAAGAGCUAAUCAGACACAAGCAGAAGCUGUCUGAGUGAAAAAUGACUGAAGUAAGGCUUUAACAUGUUGGAGUUUGGAGUGGUCAGAUUUGUCUGACCUUUCUGACCAGACUCAGUGGCCAACACUGUGAAUGAAAAGGUGCUUUUUAUUUUUCUCAUGUGGGUCAACAGUUGUUAUUUAGUCAGUUCUGGUCAACGUUUAAAAUGGAAUUCCACUGAUUUUCCAACAUUUCUGUGCUAAAAAGAAGCACAAAAGAUGUGAAAAAUGUACAUGUACUUUCUUCUACACCUCUGGAGGAAUUACAGUCCAGCACAUUAAAUCUCACCAUACCAGACUGUCCACUAUUGUAUUUCACAUAUAGUAAAACUGUAUAACUAUGCAGUGCCAUACCCUGCAUGAGAGCGACAGCACAGAACCACUUUCAGUUCUCCAAAAGAACCCUUUUAUGCCCCUUUUGGACUUCAUCACUAUUAGCUGCAUCUGUAUCAUACAGCCAAUUACUAUGGACUAUAUUUACUAUAUUUCAGUAUAUAGUAAAUAUAUAUUAUAUUUAUUACAUGUAUAUUAUAUUAUUUCAACACAAUUCACUGAACCUGAACAACAGAAAACCUUUAUUAAGGUCAUUUGUCUCUGCUUAUAACAUUUGCAUAUGUUUAAGAACCAAAAAUGUAAUAAUCCCUCAGAAUUAAACAAGCUGUUUUUGUUAAGACUGAUAUAUGUAAAUGAGCUCUGUUCUGAUUGGCUGUGCCUCACUCAAAAAACAGUGCGGGCUGAAACACCCCUUACAAUGUCAGUGUGAGUGGGCGGGGCUAAACUGCUGGAUUCUGAGUGGGUUUGAAGAGGUUUAUGCAAAUGUGUGGUUUUCUUGUGACGUCACAGAAACAGUGAAUUUAGAGCAGCUGGUGGUUCUUCAAAGGUUCUUUAUGAAAGAAAAUGGUUCUAUAUAAAACCAUAAACAUGA